UAUCAGCUGACUGAUUUUUGUUGUAACCGCGAAUUUUAUUGUUUACAAUUCAAUCCUCGUCCUGGUGGCAAAUAAAAUGUGUCGUAGAUAGAAAAUUGAUGUGAUAAAUUUGAAAUUUAAAAAGUAAAAAUUAAAUAUCAAAGAUGGAUAUUGAUGAUGACGAAGACAUAUUUGAAAUAAGCGAUGAUGAAUCUACGGGAAAUAAAGAAAUACCUUGCAGUUAUAACCCCAUUGAUGAUCAUUUGAUGAAACAAUUAAAUGACGUAAAAGAUUGUAUUACUAAAGUCAAAAAAGAAACGGAAAAUGUGCAAUCACUUGGUAACAAAAUAAUAAAUAAACUUUAUAAAAAGUGUCAGUAUGUUGUUGAUGAUGAAAGUUCUGGUGAUGAUGAGCUGUAUGAUGCCAAUAGUGAGCCAGUUAUCAAGAGAAAAAAAUUGACCAAAGAGUAUCAAGAACCGCUGAUUGUUACUGAUGUUUGGCAAAGAAUUAUUGAUGACAAGUGGGUAAUAGGAGUUGAUUUGGAAAAUAAUUCUCAGAGGGUACUUGAAAAACCGCGGUUAUUUAUAAUGAUACCGGGUGAAAGUGUGAUAAAAGGGGUAACGUCAUUCUGGGAAAUAAUUAACGAUUCACUGUGGAAUAGAACGAGAGAACUACAUCCUGAAAGCGACGAAAUAGUUGCAACUGCUGUACUAGACCUACCGACUUUUAAUGACACUUGUCAAGUUAAAGUUUAUGGAACUGUCAGUUAUACUAUGGAUGAAAUUGAACUGCAAGCACCUAUUAACUUCCUUACACUAACAACGACUCAAGCUAUUGACAAGUCAUUAACACCACGUCACGCUAAAGAUCUUCAUCGAAGUGUAGUUGCGAUGAAAGCUGCUGCUAUUGAAAAAAUAAUAGCGCUGCCAUUGUAUGGCGAAGGACGUGGAAUCAGGAUCCUUAGUUUUAUUGAAAGCAAAGAUUUUAAAGAAAUUUUAAGUGACGUACACGUUUCUAAAAAUCCCGAAAUUUUUCGUCACUGUUUAAUUGAAAUUUUAUCUGUCGACAAUGAGGUUACAAUGAGAAUUUCCGCAAGGUCGACGGCACAGUUGAAUAUUUUAACGCACAUGCUCCGAGCGGAAUUUCCGGAUGCCAGUGAGACAGGAAAGCCGGAUAAAAUCGCCGACGCAAUGGCUGCACUUGAAAAAGAACUGGAGUUAAAACUUGGGUGUGAUGAACCCAUGGAAUUACUUAAGGCUAAAGUCGUUACCGACUUAUUGAUACCAUGAAAAUUAAUUUUAAUAUUUAGUCAUAAUUAAUGUUCAUUGUUUUAAAAAAAAAAAUAUAUAUAUACAUGUUUUUAUAGUUCUUUUUUAAGCGGGACUUAAAAAUCAGAAUAAAAAAAUAAAUACGUUUUAUCUUUCAAAUUAUUUAUUUUGUCAAACUAUAUAAAGCUUUUUAUAAUAGAUGUUUUUUUUAUUUUAUUUUUUUUUUUGCGAAUGAGUAAGUGAGAGAGUGAGUGUUGAGUACAGAACUCGCUGAGCACUUUUGAUAAAAAAUAUCAUCAUUAUGACCGUUAUUACAUUUCAUUGUCGUAAUUAUUAUUUUGCGCUCAAUUCUAGUUCUUUUAAUUAUUAUUUAUUAAUAUCUCACAUUACAUGAUCACUUGUUUUAGUUUAUUUUAUUUAUUUAUUAUUACAUUUAUAUUUAUAUAUAUAUAUUUAUCGAGCGAGUCAUUUUGACUACAAAUCUAAACAUACUUUUUUUUUUUUUAUAAUAAACAUCGCGUUUUUUUUUAAUUAACAGUAACACACUUCCGGAUCAAUUCCAAUGUAAAAACAUUUGUUUUAAAAUUAACUUAACAUAAAACAAUAUUUAAUUUAUAACAAAAUAAUUAUUUAAUUUAUAAUUUUAUAUACUCCAAUAAUUAAUAAAUAAUUAAUAAACAUAUUUAA